AAAAAAUCUAUCAACAUGGUUGUUUGUAUUACGUCAUCGAACAAACUGGUUGUUGCCUUCUCAUCUGUUCUCCUGUUUGUGGUCAUCUUCAGCAGCAACAUCGUGAACGUAGAUAGUCACGGCUACAUGUACGAUCCUCCUGGUCGUUCGUCCAUGUGGAGGGUCGGUUUCAGCGUCCCUGAAGAUUCUAAAAAUUACAAUGACAUGGAGCUCAACUGUGGUGGUAGAGAGGCUCAGCACAACAGCAUCAAUCAGGGACGAUGUGGGGAAUGCGGAGACGAAUGGAGGCUGGAACGGCCGAGAUCAAACGAUGAGGGGGGCAUCUACCACACGGGCAUCAUUGGCCAAACCUACACCGAAGGAUCGGUUGUACGCAUUACGGUGAACGUUACGGCCAACCAUUGGGGAGAUUUCGUGUUCCGAUUGUGUCCGAAACAAUCAGCUGAUGAACUAGUAACGCAGGAAUGCCUGGACAGAUAUCCACUUGAACUUGUUGAAUUGCCUGGACAAGGGGACGCGAUCGUAGUCGACGGUGGCACUAAAUUUCAAAUUGGCAGCUCAACUGGCCUCUAUUUUCCGACUGUCCGGCUACCAGCGGGCGUCACGUGUCAACAUUGCGUUCUCCAGUGGUACUGGACAGUAGCCAAUAGCGAAGGAUUAUGUCCUAAUGGAGGCAGUGGCUACUGUUAUCAGGAAUCGUUCGUUAAUUGUGCGGAUGUAUCCAUUCUUCCAGCCCGUUUGUGAUUGUCAUAUAAUCAGAAUCUAUACUUGCAUGUCAAAUAAAAUAUUAUCUAUUCAUCUUGAUUUAAUUUUUACUUCGUUAUGAAACGGAAUUUGAAUCAAUACAUUUUAUUUAAACG